UAUCCCUGUCAUUCAUAUGACAGACGGUUAAAACGCAAGAGGUCGGAUUCGCGUAGAAGACGAACGAGAAAAAGAGUGGAAGCGAAGAGAAAUUAAAGAAUUUUUCUUAAAGUAAUUAAAUAUUUAACACUAAAAUUAUAUAGAAAAUUCUAAAAUAUUCAGUGAAGGUGAAAAAUUACACGCAAAAGCCGUUUAAAGUCUGGCAAUAAGGUAAACGAGAAAAAAGAAAAGAAAAAAAAAUCGAAUUGUUGUCUCCCAUCCCCACAAAACCAACAACAAGCAAGAGAAAUAGAAGAAAAAAGUGAAUCGAGAAAGAAAAAUUGUCGUUUGUAUAAAAUUUGCAAGUGAAAUUUUCCAAAGGUGAAAUAUGUUCGAUGAAGUUUGCAUAAAAUAUCGAGUGAAUUAAUACAAGAAAAAAGAUAUUUUCCUUGGUGGUGAAUCUCAAAUUGAAAUUGUGUUGAAAACCGAAAACCUGUGUGUGUGCGUUUACAUUUGGGGAAACAUAUAUAGGUACAUAUAUGGCAAUUGGCUGCAGUUUAGUUUUCCUCCCAUCAUAAAUCUUACUAUUGUCGUCAUCGUUGUCGCUUGGUCAUACAUUUGGUGUGAUACUUUUGUUUGGAUCGACGGUGUUUAUUGAAUGGUAUUAACAUCAAAAAAUAUUUGUGAUUUAAGUGAGAAAGAAAAGAAAAAAAAUAGAUUUGGAAAAAAGUUUGCAAAAAACGCUUUGCACCACCCAACAACCGAGCAGGACUUUGAUAACGUACCAAAAAUCACCGUAGUAGCCGUAGCAGCAGAAGCAGCGGCCGCAGGAAGUUUGGAGUAUCCACAGCCGUUUUGUAUGAAAAUGCAUUAAAGGGCUGGGGCUGCUUUUUCCAAACGCAGAACAAAAAGGAAAACGCAUUUUCAUCGUUCCUUCGUCUCCGAAGGACAUUCAAUAUUGGCAAGAGCUCGACGAAUACUGGGGGUGAUUGAAAAGCAAAACGGUGAUUGAAAAUAGAAAUGUUUAAACAUUGGCCUUCACAGUCUUUAGACGAUCAUUACAAAGAAUUGGAUUCCACUUAGAAGGAGAACGCCACCACCGACACCAACACCACCACCACCCAUCCAUACCUCCAUCAAGAACGUGGCAUUAGCAUCAGACGGCAAACAAAAUUUUGGCAUUAUCAUCAUCACCAUCAACAUCAUCCAUCCCCCUUAGGACCUACAGCCAGGAGAAUUUGAAAAAAAAGAAGAAAUAUUGAAAAGUCAUCUCCAAUUUUUCCAAUCAACAAUUUUCUUUUGUAUCUCUUUUUUUCCAUUUCAACAUCUAAAUUCAUCCGGAAACUGGAACCAAAAGGCGAAGAAGAAUUAAUUGGCCACAAACACACUGAAGCAACGGCGGCGGCAGAGGAUCUUGGAUUCCAAACCAAUAUACCUCAACAAAUACCGCUCAACGAUCCAAAUCCACCCACCCCAAACAAUUUUCUUUUACACAGCUCUCCUCUAAAUCUUAAUUUAGAGGAGUUCUUGGAAUGUUGGAAUACCCUCAACGUUUUACACGUACUGUCCCCGAACCCUUAUUGACACAAACAAACACAACAACACAUCAACAACAACAACAACCAAAACAUCACCAACAACCACAGCCACUGCCACAUCAAAACUUUCAAACACAACCAACAACAGCGGGAUCAACUCACUACUAUCCCAAUCAACAGCAGCAGCAACAACAGGCAUCAUAUCCAACAACGCCAGCUUCACCGGCCCAUCAAACGCGCUAUCCUCAACAACAGCAGCAGCAACAGCCACCACUACCACCGCCCUCCCAGCACCAGAGAAAUCUCUCGACUGCCUCAUCGUGUAGUGCCCAACACAAAAGUGUAACAUUUAGUCAAGUGCCGUCGAACAGUGGCGAUUAUAGUGCCGGCAGCAGUAGUGGCAAUUCCAGUUGUGGUGGUCAACAAUCAAUGGCGGGCAACAUGAAGCACGGAAAAUCACAAGAAGACGUUUGCUACGUGGUAGCCAAAUACGAUUAUGCAGCACAGGGAGCACAAGAAUUGGAUUUACGGAAAAAUGAACGUUACCUUUUGUUAGAUGAUACCAAGCACUGGUGGCGUGUACAGAACAAUCGUAACUUAUCCGGAUAUGUGCCCAGUAAUUAUGUGAAAAAGGAGAAACCAUCACUGUUCGAUAGUAUUAAGAAAAAAGUGAAAAAGGGUUCCGGUUCCAAGACCCUACCCAAUUGUUCGCCAUCAAGACAAAUCGAAAGUCCAACAAUGUCGCGAAGACUGCCACCCGAUCCAUCAGAGGCAAUUGGUUCAGCCAUUGUUAAAUACAACUAUCAAGCCCAACAGCCCGAUGAACUCUCACUGACCAAGGGUACACGAAUAUUGAUAUUGGAGAAAUCCAAUGAUGGCUGGUGGCGGGGACAAAGUGGUAAUGCCGUUGGCUGGUUUCCAAGCAACUACACAACCGAAGAUUGUGAUAACGAUGGUGAAAUACAUACAUAUGCAAUGGCGGAAAAUGUAUUAGAUAUAGUGGUCGCUUUAUAUAGUUUCAAUUCCAAUAACGAUCAAGAGCUGUCAUUCGAAAAGGGAGAUCGUUUAGAGAUUGUUGAUCGCCCUGCCUCCGAUCCGGACUGGUAUAAGGCACGCAACAAUCAGGGUCAAGUCGGUUUAGUUCCACGCAAUUAUUUACAAGAGUUAAAUGAAUAUCUUAGUACACCAUAUCGCAACAAUGGUGGCGCUGCGGGCAAUGGUAACAAUGCCACCAAUGCCAAUGGGGAUUCGAUCGAUCGUCGGGCCGAUGGUAUGCCACAAAAUUCACCGCCACCCAUGGAAAGGCCAAAUUUGGCUGGCAAAUCAUGGUAUUACGGGGCCAUAACACGCAGCCAAUGUGAUACGGUAUUAAAUCAGCAUGGUCACGAUGGCGAUUUUCUAAUACGUGAUAGUGAGACCAAUAUGGGUGACUAUUCGGUUUCUCUCAAGGCUCCCGGACGCAACAAACAUUUCCGUGUUCAUGUGGAAAACAACAUGUACUGCAUAGGCCAACGUAAGUUUCAUACUCUAGAUCAGCUAGUAGAUCAUUACCAAAGAGCGCCCAUCUAUACAAAUAAACAGGGCGAAAAAUUAUAUUUAGUACGACCGUUACCAAAAGCCAAUGGUACGUAAAUCCCCUCCUCCUCCUCUCCAACAUUAAAACACAAGAGAAUCUAGUAAGGAAUGGAUGAAACAAAAAUAUAAAAAACAACACACCUCAUUUAAAUAAAAAAUAAAAAAAACUAAAUUAAAAGAAAACAACUUAGUAGAGAGUCGAAGAAGAAGAAGAAGAAGAAACAAAGGUUAAAAUCCCAAUUAUACCAAAACCUUUCUGAAAAAAAUAAAAUAAAAACAGAAACAUAUUCACAUAAAUUACUCGGAGAGAUACCAUUUACCAUAACGCUAAAUAUGUUGUCACAAUAUCACACCUUUAAAUUAAAUAAAACUUAAAGAAAAUAAAAUAAAACAAAAUAAAAAAAAACUUGAAAAAAUAUUAACAAUUGUAGUUUUUCCAAAACAAGAACAACAGCAACAAAACGUAAACCAUGAGAAUGAAUGAAACCAACUGAAAUUAUUUCAUAUUUCUAUAUAUAUAAAUAAAAUAUAUACAUACUAUACAUAAUUAAAGAAAACAAAAAAGAAAAACCCAAACAUCCAACCAACCAAUCACAACCAAGGAGAGAAAAUACACAAUUUGCAAAGAAAAUAUAAAUAAUUAAACAAAAAAAAAAACAUAAUUGUCAAAUUACAUUUACAUCUAUUUAGCUAUACUAUAUCUAUACAUAACUACAAUAUUAUAUUGAAAAGAAAAAAAAAACUGAAAAAAACAAAGACAAAAACAAACUAUAAACAAUUCAUAAAACAAAAUCACAUUCACACGCAUUACUCAAACGACAACAAUACUACCGGAAACAUG